GGUGACAGGUUGCCCUAGCUACUCGCCUCCACAUGUCCCAGUAAACUCCAAGGUUAACUCUGUUCAAGUAAUUGGGAAGCCGGCCGGGGAAGCUGCCUCUUGUGUUCACAUUUUCCCAGGUGGCCACCACCAACGGAAGACCAGAAUCGCCUCUCUUUGAGCAAAGGUGUGCUCCGAGGAUUACCACAAGCUCCCGCUGGGGUUUAUUUGAAGCAUGCAAGAGAACAGCGUGGACCAGCCUACAUCAUUAUCUCAGCUCUUGAGAGAGAACUACUUGGCCGAAGCACGAGCACACCAGAGACACAGCGAGAUGAGUCGUUCCGACUCCUCCUCACGGCGCCUGGUCUACGGGCCCCUCAAAGGCAAGAUGGCGGACUCUGCGGGGCUGGACGAGCCGCAACACCAGCUCCCAGACCUCUCAGCCUUCCUGAGUCAGGAAGAACUGGAUAAGAGUGUUAACCUAGCCUGUCAGGCUAUUGGACCCGAGGCCCGCGAAGAGAGGUCAGAUGUCAAGGCCUCCCCCUCUGCCACCUCCGACACUCCCGACACCCAGCCUGAUCCGGAAUUAAAAGAACCCCUACCAACACACCCGGAAUUCUUGCCAGAGAGACGGCCAUACCCACCUCUGUCCCUCCAGGACAAUGUUAUAAGGACAGACGAACAGAUAUAUCAGCCGUCCCCACCGUCCAUCCAGGACAACUCGAUGAGGACAGACAGACAGUCGUUCCCACCGUCCAUCAUCCAAGAUAUUGCAGUGAAGGACAACCGGGAGGACAUUAAGAGACCAGGGGCUGGGGGGAGGAACACCCCGGCAUUCGGCCUGGAGAACCAGUCCAAGAAGGAGUUCCUCAACAAGGCAGCAGACUUCAUCGAGGAGCUCUCCUCUCUGUUCAAGGCAAACAGCUCCAAAAGGAUACGGCCCCGAUCGUGCAAAGCUCAUAGGAGCAGAGCCAACAAGGGCCAAGCCGAUGGGAGCAUUUACUCCCUGAACGCAGACGACAGGGAACGGCCCAUUCUUCUCCAAGACUUCAAAAUGGAGAUGGAGAGGCCUGCUAAUCCCUUUUGCAUUCAGCCGCCAGAGGUCCAAGGUUUGGACAUGGACCCGGGUUAUGGGCACGCUGACUUCCCCAUGCAGGACUGCAGGACUACUGAGGAGCAGUAUGAUGACUCUGAGGUGCUGGAGCCGGAUGAAGUGGAUGAGGCUGAGAGCCCUGCCCUGGUGGAGAUCACCCCUGGAGUGUACACAGCCGACCCCAUCUGUGAGCCCCCUCACUUCAUCCAGAAACUGAAAAGCAGGGAGGUGUCGGAGGGCAGCAAGGUCCAACUGGACUGCAUUGUUCAAGGACUCCCCAUGCCCGAAGUCCGGUGGUUUUGUGAGGGGAAGGAGCUGGAGAACUGCCCUGACAUUCAGAUCAUCAACAACAGCGAGUUGCACUCUCUGAUCAUUGCCGAGGCAUUCGAGGAAGACACAGGGCGGUACUCUUGCUUUGCUUCCAACUUCUAUGGCACAGACUCGACAUCUGCAGAAAUCUACAUCGAAGGUGCCUCCUCUACAGAUUCGGAGGGGGAACAACAUUUUGAGCAUGUAGCACAGCUGCAGAGGACCCCAGCUCAACUGACUACUCCAUCUUUACAUUCAGUGGUCUGUGCUGUGUCUGUUUGUGAGGAAGACACACCCAUCUGUACUAAAGAACAUCCACAGGAGGCCACCUCACUGACGUCUUGCCAGGAGACGUCAGCACCGUUACCUGUCCAGUUAGUCUGUACUCUAGAUCUACCACCAGUGGACAUAGUGUCAGUACUGGCGCAGGAGGUGUCAACACCGUCACCUGUCCCAGUUACGUCCACAACAUCACAGACAAAGACAGUCACUACCACGGCACUACCACUGACCCAGGAGGCUUCCUCUACACCUCCUGCCCAGGUGGCUCCCAUACAGACGACUCUAUCUGAGAACUUAAACGGUGACAGCUAUAACCUAGGUCUAGACGUCUAUCCUCAAGGUCUAGAUGGGAGGCCGAUCAUCGCAGCCCCUGUUUUCACAAAGAGUCUGCAGGACCUUUUGGCGUCGGAGAGCCAGCUGGUGGUGCUAGAGUGUCGUGUUAAAGGGGUGCCCUCCCCCAAGGUGGACUGGUACAGAGAAGGAACCAUCAUAGAGGAUUCCCCUGACUUCAGGAUCCUGCAGAAGAAGCCUCGAUCCAUGGCUGAAUCAGAGGAAAUAUGCACUUUGGUUAUUGCUGAGGUCUUCCCUGAAGAUUCUGGAACAUUCACUUGCACUGCAAGCAACAAAUAUGGAACUGUAUCCAGUAUUGCUGCACUAAGGGUGAAAGGCAAUGAUAACACCAACAACAACCACGUGAAAACUCCACACAAGUCCACACAGGUCCCAGAGCCCUCUUCAUUAGAUCUCACUCCUCCCAGUCUAAAGCCUCAAGCUGAGGUUCCUGUGACCAACAGCAUCAAGCCUCACUCCAACACCAUCCGCCUGGAUCCGCUCAGUUCCAGCACGUUACGACUGGACCCUCUGAGCACCAGUACCCUCCGACUGGACCCUCUGAGCUCCAGCAUGCUGCGCCAGGACCCUGUCAGCAUCAGCAUGCCCAGUCUGGACCCACUAAUCCUGGGCAGCAGCCCCAGGAUAGGCACGCGUAGCUCCAGCACAUCUUGUCUGGAUCCACUCUACCUGAGCACCCCUCACUCAGAUCUGUCUACUAGCUCCAACAGGGAACUUCCUGAGCCUAAGACUGACCAUGAAGACUCCAGAGCCUUCUCAGUGUUAUCAGACCCUGACGUUGGUCUGAGUCCUAAGGUGGAAGGGACUCCUUUCCAUAAACCUGAGCCCCCUCCCCCCCGUAAACCUCCCUGAUCCCCCCCACCUCCUCUUGCCUCAAGCCUGGGGUUCUGGUGAGCCACAACGGGCCCAGGUCCAGCUCCAGGGUAGGCCUCCGUGUGCACUUUAAACUGCCUGAGAAUGAGACAGACAACGAGAGUGAAACAUCCGAUAGCCAUUCAUAUG